UUGACUAUCCACGGCAGAUUGACACGGCAUAGUGGCUCAAUGGCUAGUACUGCUGCCGUGCAGCUCCAGGGACCCACAUUCAAUUCCAGCCUCGGGCCACUGUCUGUGUGGAGUUUACACAUUCUCCUUGGAACUUGCAGGUGAUGGAGUUCCCACGUAUCCACUACCCUAGUCCAUCCAGAUGGUUGUGGUUAUGGAUUUGGAAGGUGCUAUUGAAGGAGGCUUGGUGAAUUACUGCAAUGCAUCUUGUAGAUGAUUUAGAUACUGCUAUUAAUUGUCAGUAGUAGAGAGGAUGAAAGUUUGUGGAUGUGGUGCCAGUCAAGUGGGCUGCAUUGUCCUGCAUGGUGUUCAGUUCUCAAGUGUUGGAGCUACGCACAUUUAUCACUCAUUUACACUCAUUUAUCACACGUUUGACUUGCAUCUUGUAUAUAUCGGACUUUGGCGAGUAGAAGGUGGAUAUAAAAGUUCAGAGAGCAGCAGUCAAAGAAGAGUAAAUCACAUAUCCCUAGUGGCUUAAGGAAUGGUAAUCCCUCAAAUGACAUGAGCUGCAAUCCAUUAUGAUUUUGUUGCUCAGUCACCUAUUCCAGAAGAAGUAAGAUUCAUCUGUACCAGCCAUUAGGAUGUCUCAACCCACGGGCAGCAAGGAACACUGGAAACCCUGGGAGUUCUCAGGAAUCAGUCGUCAGGAGCUGGCACUGGCAGAAGCUCUUCAAAUGGAGUACGAUGCUCUAUCGAGGCUUCGCCAGAGUAGUACAACAAGAGACGACAGCAAGUCCAAACACAUUAACAGCUUGCAACUGAUUUCAUUUGAGGACCCUUUAUUGGAAUACAGCCAAUUGAGGAAUGACUGUAAUGCCAUUAAAGCGACACAUGGCUUGUCGGGCUCAGACCCCGGUCUCGGUUAUAGCAAAGGCCCUUCUUUGUCAAGUCGAGGCAUCGCGUGUUCCUCUACUACCUCAGCUCCCGGGCCACCAAAUCACCAGUGCCAGGAGGACCCAGAAUACCAAUCAUUGUGGAAAGAUAUUACCACAGCCACAACUGCCACGGCCACCAUCACAAAUUCUACCAUCAGUGGCUCCACACAGCAACCAGUCCGUACAGGGCUGCUCACCACCGAGGGAACAUCUUGCCAUCGCGGAGAUUAUUCCAUCAUUGACUAUGCUCCACCAGUACCACCACGAGUUCCUCUCGGCCCCAGUCGAAAUGCCACGUUAACAGAUCAUUGGUCCAAGGGGCAGCCCAGUGACAGCAUUGAGAAAUUGACCAUACCUAAUGACAUCAAUAUAUUCUCUCCUGGCAAUGAUGACUCAAAUUGUAAAAUCGUAGAACCACCAAGCUUUUACUCUAACCAAAGGAUCUCUGAUGAAGAGUUUGAGUUGAUUGACUAUGAUGACUUGAAUGAUGCCAUAACAAAGCUGAAUUUAAUGUCUACCUAUGGGGAAAAUUCAAAGCUGAUAAGAGUUGGCAGCAUUGGGCCCAACUCCAUUUGCAAAAGAAAAGACAAAAAGGAGGAAUCCUCUGGGAAGCCUGUCAGCCGGAGUAAGACUCUUCCACCUCAGGUGCCUCCACGGACCUACAUGUCAAAAUAUGGAAACCAGAACAAUGCUGUCUAUCAGGUCAAGAAUCGAAAAGUCUCCGUUGAUCCGGGCACCUUGCAGCAGAAUUAUGAGUCAUGGAACUAUGAGCUGCUGGAGGUUUCAGAAGAGAGGAAUGAAGAGGUUGCAGCGUUCUGUCACAUGCUGGAUGUACUUCGAAGCAGCUACACCUGUGACGGGGCAAAAAACCUGGGAUUAAUCUGGAGUCCAGUGGUCAUCCGGAAUGACCAACAUGGAGAUGGCAUCAGUGUGAAAGUUACUGUAUCAGCCAGCAGUCUGUCAGAGCCACUUACAUUCACAUGUGACGGGGGCUCCACAGUAGAUCUAGUCAUUUAUCAGACUCUCUGUUACAUCUACGACAACCUCAGUGGCAUAAAUGUUGACAACUUUGUCUUGAAGAUAUGUGGACUGGAAGAAUUUCUACAGAAUAAACACACAAUUGGGAGUCACAAAUAUGUUCAGUUUUGCCGUAAGUUCGACGUGGAUAUUAAACUCUAUCUAAUGGAACUGAAGGCAGUUCGCAAGGACUUGAUGCGCAUGGUCAGUGAUGACCAGAGUCAAUCAACUCUUAACCAUUUCAUACAUCUGCAAGAGAGGCCCUUAAAACAGACCAUAACCAGGCAAGCUCUGACCCUCCUGUUUGACACCUAUCAAAAUGAGGUGGAUAGCUUUCUGCUGGCUGAGGUCGAUCACUCUCAGAAGGCUGAGAGGGUGGUUCAGUCUGUGAUGGCUAUUUGCAAUGCACUUGCCUUGGUUGAAACGCAGGAGAUAACUAAUGCCCUGAAUCAGUUACCACCGUGUCCUUCACGCCUACAUCCCAGGAUGCAGAAGGAUCCCUGCUUGCUGACAGUGAGAGAGAAUCGAGCCAAAAUAGGGGAAGCUUUGACAGCUGCCAUCCUGGAUCUGGUGGAACUCUACUGCAACAGCUUCAAUGCAGAUUUUCACACAGUGGUUCCAUGCCGGAAGGAUGCUCAAACACAGAGUGCUUCCCUUGUUGAUAAUCCCCUCUGUUUCACCAUCUAUGCAGGUCACCGAAUUCCCAUCUCAUGGGCAACAAGCUAUGAAGAUUUUUAUUUGUCAUGUGGCCUCAGUCAUGGUGGGAAGGAGUUGUGUGGUCAACUACAGACCAAGAAAGCUCAUGUCUACAAAUACCUGUUCCAUCUUCUUAUAUGGGACCAAAACAUCUGUUUUCCAAUUAAUAUUAAUCAGCUGCCACGAGAGACCCUCUUGACACUGACACUGUAUGCAAUUCCCGUCCCCCCUCCUGGGAGCUCGUCUGAAGGCAACAAGCAGCGACGCACAGCAGAAACAAUGGGAUGGGUCACCAUGCCACUCUUCAACUUCAGACAUGUGCUGUCAUGUGGGAGAAAGCUGCUUGGUCUAUGGCCAUCCUGCCAACGAACAAUCCUCACCACACUGACUGCCUGCAAUUUCAUCCAGCCAGACAGUGUUAUCUUACAGAUUGAUUUUCCUUCUUCUGCAUUUGAUGUCAAGUUCAUAACUCCUCCUCCAGCGGAAUUCAGUCCCAAGUAUGACUUCGGUAGCCUGGAUGAUACAUCAAGGAAGCAACUGAAGGAAGUGAUGCAGAAGAAGUCUCUCUUCUGGCUGACAGAAGCAGAUAAGAAGCUGCUGUGGGAGAAGCGAUAUUACUGUCAUACAGAAUGCAGCUGCUUGCCUCUGGUGCUUGCCAGUGCCCCCAGCUGGGAAUGGGCCUGUCUGCCUGAUAUCUACACUCUCCUCAAGCAAUGGAAUUGUCUGAGCCAUCUGGAUGCCUUGGGUCUUCUCCAUGCUACAUUUCCUGAUCAGGAGCUGCGCCACACUGCAGUACAGUGGAUGGAAACGAUGUCCACAUCAGAACUAGUGGACUUCCUACCUCAGUUAGUACAAGCCUUGAAGUUUGAGUGUUACUUGGACAGCCCCCUGGUGAGGUUUCUGUUGCGGAGAGCAAUCUGUGAUAUGAAAAUCGCCCAUUAUUUUUACUGGUUAUUGAAGGAUGCAUUAAAUGAUUCUCACUUCAGUGCCCGAUACCAGCAUCUUCUAGGGGCCUUGCUAUGCUGCGUUGGAAAGGGCAUGAGGGAGGAGUUUGACAAACAGACCAAGCUAACUCACAUCCUGGCUAAAAUAGCACAGAAAGUCAGAGACAUUGCUCCAUCUUCUAGACAGACAGUACUCCGGGAAAGCAUGGAGGAAGUGCAACAAUUCUUCAAUGUUCAGGAUCACUGUCGCUUGCCUUUAAACCCAAGUCUUUUGGCCAAUGGAGUCAAUCCAAGAGCUUGCUCCUUCUUCAAUUCCAAUGCUGUUCCUCUGAAGAUCUCCUUCACCAAUGCAGACCCCUUUGGGGAAAACAUCAACGUCAUUGUUAAAACUGGAGAUGACUUGCGCCAGGACAUGUUAACUCUUCAAAUGAUACGCAUCAUGAACAAGAUCUGGAUUCAGGAAGGUUUGGAUAUGCGUAUGAUAUUCUUCAAGUGUACCUCAACAGGAUGGGGACGAGGAAUGGUAGAGAUGAUUCCGAAUGCAGAAACCUUGAGAAGAAUUCAGGUGGAGCACGGGGUAACAGGAUCUUUCAAAGACCAUCCGCUGGCAGAAUGGUUACAAAAGCAUAACCCGAAUGAGGAGGAAUAUGAAAAGGCUGUGGAAAAUUUCAUUUAUUCUUGUGCAGGCUGCUGUGUUGCCACCUAUGUCCUGGGCAUAUGUGACAGACAUAAUGACAAUAUCAUGCUGAAGACCAGUGGCCAUAUGUUCCAUAUUGAUUUCGGCAAAUUCCUCGGCCAUGCUCAAAUGCUAGGCAACUUUAAGAGAGAUCGAGCUCCAUUUGUCUUUACUUCUGACAUGGCAUAUGUAAUUAAUGGAGGUGACAAACCCUCCAGUCGGUUCCACGAUUUUGUUGACCUGUGCUGUCAAGCUUACAAUCUCAUCCGCAAGCACACAGAUCUUUUCCUUAAUCUUCUGGGGCUGAUGCUAUCCUGUGGAAUUCCAGAGCUGUCCGAUAUCCAAGACCUGAGAUAUGUUUAUGAUGCUCUUCGACCUCAGGAGACAGAUGCCCACGCUACCACUUACUUCACAAGGCUGAUUGAAUCCAGUUUGGGUAGCGUGGCAACCAAACUCAACUUCUUCCUUCACAAUUUGGCCCAAAUGAAGUUUUCUGGGGUUGAUGACCAUCCCACACUCUCCUAUGCUCCUAAAACAUACACGAUAAAGACCGAUGGGAAAAUCAAGAAAGUGUUUGUGUGUCGUCAUCAGAAAAUAUUCAACCCUAAUAAAGGAUACGCCUAUGUUGUGAAAGUUGAGCGGGAGGGACAGCAUGAUGCUGCAUUCAUACUGAGGACCUUUGAAGAAUUUAAUGAACUACAUAAUAAACUCCGGCUACUUUUCCCUUCAUCCAAAUUGCCAAGCUUCCCAAGCAGGUUUGUGCUUGGCCGAGGAGAGGCGAUGGCCGACAGACGCAAAGAGGAGCUGGAUGGUUAUAUCUGGCACUUAAUCCACUCUCCUCCUGAAGUGGCUGAGUGUGAUCUGGUCUACACUUUCUUCCAUCCACUUCCAAAAGAUGACAAGUCCACAGCUGGAAAUACAGCUCCAAAACCAACAGACGUCCCUCCAACACCACCAAUGGGGAAGGUUGGUGGAGAAGUAAAGCUAUCCAUCUCUUACAAGAAUGACAAGCUUUUUAUCAUGGUGAUGCACAUUCGAGGCUUGGUUUUGCAGGAUGGGACUGAUCCAGAUCCUUACGUGAAAAUUUAUCUACUGCCGGAUCCUCACAAAACAAGCAAGCGAAAGACUAAAGUAGCUCGAAAGACUUGUAACCCAACAUAUAAUGAAAUGUUGGUGUACGAUGGUAUUCCUAAAGGAGAUGUUCAGCAGCGUGUUAUUCACUUGCGUGUGCUAAGCGAGGAAGCGUUCCGGGAAAACAUAAUGCUCGGCGAGGUGUACAUUAACCUCAAGGACUUCAACCUGAACCAGAAAAUUGUUGGCUGGUAUCACCUAGGAUCGACGACUCCCCUAGGCACUUUGUUCUAAGUAUUUUAGUGGUGUCACUAAAGGCUCUCUGUUGGACCUCAACUGAGGUGUGGGUUUUCAGAGGUUUAGGGGAGAACAAAUAACAAGGAAUAACCAAUUGUGUUUCCUUUGUUUCAUUUUUAUUUGAGAACUGACUUGAUGAGGAGGUUAAGCUAUUCAAACAUUGUUUUUGAGCCUCUUCAUUUUAGAACGUGUUGAAAAGACAUUACCCUCAAACUCGAGGAUUAUUGGGCAUGAUGUUGCAUGUGUCAAGAGCUGCAAACGAUUUGCUCCCAAGUUGUGUAUUAUUACACGAUGAAAAUGAAGGUAAAUAUUUGAACUGUUUAUAUGCUUUUAAACUGUGGUGUGGGCGACCAUGUCGUAAUGAAGGACCGACUCCCAAUUUUUUUUUGCACUAAACACAAGCAACAAGAGGAAGGGGAAACCCUUCAGGAAUUUAUCAAACUGAAUGAAUAGGACUGUAGCACAACGGGGAGGUGAGUGUCAGCAUUCGGACCAUAAUUAGCUCAUUCAAGUGUUCUCACUACCCUAAGUCUGUCUCAUGUCCCCACCUGGGAUGUGUGUAGCACAUACCUUUUGUGGCUUUUGGAUGUGAAUGAAGCCGUGUGAUGCCAGGGAAGUGGUGUGUGGCCAAAUUUCUCACCCUAUUUAGGAACAUGUGAGCAGGAGUAGACUGUUCAGCCCCUCAAAUCUUGUUCCAUCUAAAUGACUUCCAGCCACACACAACUUAUUGGGGUAGUGGUUAGUCUUUGCUAAGCGUUAAACGAUCAAAAUCUCAUCAACUGUCUGUUAGACUACUGUCUGAUUUAAGCUUUGAAGGCAAUGGAAUGGCUUAUCAUGUGGGGUGUAUAAUAAGCAACCUAGGUGAUACUGUGCAAGGUGUAUAUUUACCUCAAUUUCACUGAUUUUGUAUUAGGUUCAGAGUUGGAAGAGGAAGGAGCAACUUUUCAUCAGGGCAGGAUCAUGUUCGGUCCAGCAUUAAUCUUGUUAAUACUGAAACUGUCAUUAUCUGAACAACCAUCAAGUUAUUUGCAGGAGCUUGUAUGGUUGUGCUGCAAAUGAUGCAGCUCAGGGAGUUAGUGGUAUGUUUCUUGCAUUAAAAUGUUGAUGCUGCAUCACCUGAUUUGUCAGGUGGUCAAACAGCUGAGGCACCAGAGAGACAAAAAAGGUUUCUAGUUCAAUCCACGGUCAAUGCUGAGUUUGUUGGUUUCAGUUGGGGUAGCAACUGAGGUUGCACAAUUGACUUGCGUAGCUCUGGGAAGGGAUGGGUAUCGGGCAUGGUCUAAAGUCUGACUUCUCGUGAAUGAUUCUUAAAUGAAGGGAAGUGCAAGUGUAUACUGGAGAAGAUAGGGUCAGUUUUCACUGCUCAACCCAUGGUCAAACAAAACCCUUCCAAUGCUCACUACUUAUGUAUGAGUGCCAACAUUCACAGGCCGGAUUUGUAUAAUUCAGAGGUGAAGCAUUGAAAGCAAUGACCAUCCAUGCAGUCUUUCUCUCUAAUAACUAACAGAUCUCUUAAGGUUACAUCAGAUCACUGUCAUGAUGGAUAAAUUACAAUAGACUUUAUCAUUAUCACAGUGGAAUGAGCACACAUUUACGUUGACGUUGCUUUGAUAUCUAACCUUCCACAUUUGAUUAGAUCCUGGUAGACUGAAUGUAGUUGCAAUUGCAGCAUGUGAUUGUGAUCUGUACCACUUGAGCAUUGCAUUCUGUAUCACUAGACAUCCUGUUUUAAAAUGAUCUGGAAUAUUUUCCUUCCUAAAGUCUAUUGUCAGGAAUGACACUGUUCCAUGUGCCUCCCCUUCUCUAGCUCUGUUUUGUAUAGGGGCCACUACUUCAAAGGUGUGCUUCCACCUCAGUGGAGGCAGACAUACAUUGUGGUACAUGUGGAAUAGACUGAGAAAUGGUAGGAAAAGCGGAUAUGGAAGGAAACAUUUGGCCCCUUGUGCCUGUUCCAUCUUGCCAUUUGAAUCAUACCCAGUACCUAUGUUGUUUCCAUAAACCUUCAUGCUUUUAUCGAACAAAAAUCUAUCUUUUUGAAAUUUUCUUUCCACAGCCAGCCUCAACAGCACUGUUUUCAUUACCUUUUAUGUACCUAAUAUCGAAUGUGAAACAGUGGGGCAAAUAACUGCUCAGCUCGACGCUACAUAGUGCAAACUCUGUGAUCUGGCCUUCACAUUUUAGCAGCAGUUGUUACAUUUAGUUUCAUUUAAAACAAGAUGCUAUUGUUUCUCUGGUCAUCUUGACCCUUUUCUCCUUCUUGUAAUAUGGAGAAAUGUAAUUGACAAGUGCCAACAACAUUUGAACUUUUUCCUUUAGAGCAGCUAACCUUCAUUGACUCUCUCACAUUUGAUGGUAAAGGACAGAUGAAUAGUUUCAUCGAUGAGAACAAAACAAUAUACGUGAUGGUGUCAUAACUAGAAUAAGUGUGGCCCCUUUAUAUUGUAGAAUGUACUGAGUAAGCUGGAUCUACUGUUAGACACAAUACAUGAUCUACAGACAAGGUAACAUUUGUUUGGUCUGAUUCUUCAUAAGGGAUUUAAUUCCCAAUUGAAUUCAACUGGACUGUUAAUGUACCCCUUUCAUUGCACACAGGACAGUUGUAGGUGUUGAGCUUGGCCUUGUUUCUGUUGACCAGCUGCUCUCCUCACUUCCACUUCACCUCCCACUUGCCCUUUUUGUUUCACAGCUGCAAAAGAAACUUUGUGAAAUUCCCAUGCAUUGUUUCAGUUUACCUUUGUACAUAAAGGAAAAGCACCACAGUGGCCAACUGUCCUUUUUAAUUAACUGUGGUGGAAAAUAUACUGUAAGAUUUGUUUGCAAAUCUUUGUUGCCUGUAAGUAAUUUACUUUUUUUGAUUGAUACACAAUACUGUUGUUGAAUAUUUAAAAAAUGUUUAAAAAUU